UCUUUUCCGGUCGCGAGCAGACACGGCGUAGAGGGCGGUCGCGGCGGGUACCGGGGGCUGCAGCUGGGCGGCGGCGGCGGCAGGAUGUUGACCACCAGAGUGUUUAGCCUAAUUGGCAAGCGAGCAAUUUCCACCUCGGUGUGUGUACGAGCACACGGGGGUGUCGUGAAGAGUGAGGACUUUGCUCUCCCGAGUUACAUCGAUCGGCGUGACUACCCCUUACCUGAUGUGGCCCAUGUCAAGAACCUCUCUGCCAGCCAGAAGGCUUUGAAAGAGAAGGAGAAGAACCCCUGGAGCAGUCUGUCGAUUGAUGAAAAAGUUGAAUUGUAUCGCAUUAAGUUCAACGAGAGCUUUGCUGAGAUGAACAGGAGCACGAAUGAGUGGAAGACAGUUGUGGGUGCCGCCAUGUUUUUCAUCGGCUUCACUGCUCUCAUUCUGAUCUGGGAAAAGCACUACGUGUAUGGUCCCAUCCCGCACACCUUUGAAGAGGACUGGGUGGCCAAGCAGACCAAGAGGAUGCUUGACAUGAAGGUCAGCCCGAUCCAGGGCUUCUCUGCCAAGUGGGACUACGACAAGAAUGAGUGGAAGAAAUAAGGACCCGCCAUUCACAUAUCCGAACCUCACCUUGUUCUGUCAUUUCACUGCAGUUCAGCAUAUUCACUGGAAACUCUUAUGUUGCAGUCCCAGUGCUAAUAAACAAGCAGUUUACUUGAAA